AGGCCAAGUAUGAUGGGCCCCAAGAGAAGUUUAACACCUACGUGACCCUGAAGGUGCAAAAUGUCAAGAGCACGACCAUUGCAGUACGGGGCAACCUGCCCUCCUGGGAGCAGGACUUCAUGUUUGAGAUCAAUCGGCUGGACUUGGGCCUGACUGUGGAGGUGUGGAACAAAGGGCUCAUCUGGGACACCAUGGUGGGCACGGUGUGGAUCCCCCUCCGGACCAUCAGGCAGUCCAAUGAGGAGGGCCCUGGGGAAUGGCUCACACUCGACUCCCAGGUCAUCAUGACCGACAACGAGAUUUCAGGCACCAAGGAUCCGACUUUCCACCGCAUCCUCCUCGACACGCGCUUUGAGCUGCCGCUGGAUAUCCCUGAAGAGGAGGCCAGGUACUGGGCCAAGAAGCUGGAGCAGCUUAACGCGAUGCGGGACCAGGAUGAUUAUGCCUUCCAGGAGGAGCAGGAAAAACCUCUGCCUGUGCAUGGCUCACAGUGCUGCAACUGGAAUUAUUUUGGCUGGGGAGAACAGCAGAACGAUGACCCUGACAGUACCGUGGAUGACCGGGACAGUGACUACCGCAGUGAGACCAGCAACAGCAUCCCCCCACCCUACUACACCACGUCCCAGCCCAACGCCUCUGUGCACCAGUACCCCAUGAGGCACCAGCAGCAGAGCUCCCGCGACUCCUACACUGACUCCAUGCAGAGCUACGAGAUGGACUACUCGGACCAGGCUCCCAUCAGACGCUAUGGUAGCGUAGACUCUGCCGCAAACGGACGCAGCGACGCUGAGUCCGGUUCUGAGUCGAGCAGGCGGACCAGCCGCCAGCCUUCCCUUGAGAGCAGGCGGUCCCUAGACCUAUCGGAUAGGUGGGUCGCUACCUGUGCCGUGUGCCGUGUGCCGUCGCAGAGUGCUGUGGUCGGUCCUUGCAGCCAUGGUGAGGCCAACACCAGUCCUGGCAAGGGCGGCCUUGUGCCACCCUCCCCACCCUGAAUCAGCCUGGUACAGGGACAGCUUUGGGAUGCUCCAGGUGUCCCCCCAGCCCCUCUUGCUGCUGCACCCAGUUCAUGGGGUGACAUCCCGGCAUCCUGGUCCCACUUGCUGCCACUGCGACUGUCUGGCAGCACUGCUGCCUGUUCCUUGUCAUGUCAGUGGGUGUGGGACUGGGCCCUUGGGGACUCAAAUGCCAUCCCCUGUUCCUGGUCAUCUGCCAGGGUAUGCCUGUCUGGGCAAAAGCUUCAUGCAGUGAUUUGGGAUCCUACGAUGUGCCACGAGCACCUCUCCCAGCUCUGGCCAGGAUCAAGAUGGGGAGGUGUGGGGUUUCAAGUGUGAGCUGUGUCUCCUGCAUCCCUGUACCCCAAGUGCUCCUUCCCAAGGUACCUGGAUGAUGCCAGUACCCGUCCCAGCUGGGACCAGCCUGAGCCAUCCCCCAGCACUCUCUUCCCUGCGGUGUCCCCUGGCUUCCCACAGCCUGGUUCAACCACUCUGGGCUCUGCCCAGCCCAGCCCCUCGCCUUUGUCCCCCCAUGCACCCCCUGAGCCCUGGCUGCCAGUGCUGGAGAUGUGGUGUCGGCCUCUUCCUCGGCAUGUCCCUGUCCUGUCUGCAUGUCUGCUUCUGUCAGCCUGUCCCCACGGAGCCACGGGGCUGCCCUGUCCCUGGCAGCCUCCGUGGGCACAGGGCCCCUGUGGGCCUCCCAGUGCAGGCAGCUGUGAAAGGAGAGGGCUAGAAGGGCUGGGGGGGCAGAUGGGGUGGGGUAAGGAGUCUGGCCUGGCAGCAAGAGCAGAGAGGAGCCCCCUGGGUAGGGAUGGUGUCAAGAGGAGUGAGGGGGUUGAGGGGGUGUCUUGGGGUGGGGGUACCUGGGAGGGCUGCGCGGAGCACGGGUGACAGAUCUGUGUGUCAGGGGCAGGACAGGGUGUCUGGCAGCAGCGGGAGGCAGGAUCUGGCUGGGGGUGCUGCUGCCCCCACCCCUGGCUGGGGUGAGCCUAGGAGACAGACACUGUCAGCCCCAUCCCCACUGUCAGCCCAGGCACAGGCAGGGAGCUCAGAGUGCCCCUGCUUGGGGGGCUGGUUCCAGCCGAUGGAGUUUCCUGGUUCUGUGCCUUCAGCUCCCAGGAUGAGGAGCCCAAUGCUCCCGAUGGGAGCUGCACAUCCUCCCGCCCCUGGUGCAGGGCCCCGGGGCUCUGCCUGGGGUGACACGGACCCAUGGGAGCCCUGUCCUUGUGUCCCCUCGCCCCUCAGCCCCACAGGGAGCAGCCGCUACGC